AGUGGCCGAGGUUGCCUCGAGCAAGCCCCGCGGGUUGCGCCGUGCUCCACAGCGCGCGGGCGCAGAGCAGAUCAGACUCCCGGCGCACCCAGCGCGUGGCAGCCAGAGGCCAUGCCGCAGGCGUCGGCAGCGCAGGCCGAGGCCGGGCGCCCGGCGCUGGACGCGCUCCUGGGGGAGCGGCUGGCCCGCAGCGCCCCGACGGGGGAGGAGGCCGCCCGCAUCGGCGAGGCGCUCGGCAGCCUCGAGGCCACCCUGAAGCAGGAGUGGUGCGCCGCGCCCUUCGGCAGCCUGCCCAGCACCCUCCGCGCGCGCGGCUCCGACGUCGACGUGACCUGCCUGUGCCGGCGCGGCCUGCCCGCCGGCCAGACCGCGGCCGGCCUCCUCGCCGAGAAGAUUGGCCCGCUGUUCCGGGAUCGGGGGAGACUCGGCUUCGCUAUCGUUUCUUCACGAGCGCGUCCUGGACUUUGGCGAGCAGGAGUUUCGUGGGAGGAGGUGUUGCAGGCCAGGGUGCCUAUCCUGAAGCUUCGCUUCGACGACCAGCUGGACGUGGACCUGUCCUGCCAGAAACACGAGGGCGCUGCAGAACACGCGCCUCCUGCGCGGGUACGCGGGCCUCGACGAGAGGGUGCGGAGCCUCGUGGUCGCCGUGAAGCUCUGGGCCAAGGCCGCGGGCGUCUGUGGCGCCUCUGGCGGCAGGCUAUCGUCCUACUCGUUCACGCUCCUCGCCAUCUACUUCAUGCAGGUGGUCAGUGGGAGGAAUUUUGUCUUCUUCGGUCAUCCUCCCCGUGGACGCAUUUCGCGAGGAGCCGUACGCGGGGCAAGACAACGAGAGGAUCGUGGCCGAGUGCCGUGGCCGAUGGUCGUGCUCCCUGUCCACUGCGCAGCUCCUCGAGCGCUUCUUCCUGUUCUACCACGGCAGGCUCUGGACGGGCGAGGAGAGGUCGUGAGCGUCCGCUUCGGGAAGAGGCUCGCCGCGGCGAGGCCCGAGUUCGAGAGGCUCCGCGGCAGGCACGCCCAGCGCCUGCACAUCGAGGACCCGUUCAUCCUGGAGCGCAACCUCAACUGCGUGCUAGGAGGGCGCCAGGAGAGGCCGAGCUGCGGCGGGCCUUUGCGGAGGCCGCCGACGGGCUCCGCGCCGGCUCGCUCCCGGCAGGGCUCCGCGCCGACGCGCCCGCUCCCGCGGCGUUGCCGCCGCAGGGCCGCGCAGAGGGCACCGGCGAGGACCGCCCGGAGCCCACGGUGGGCACGCCGGGCGGCGCGGCGGCCGGCGCGUGCGCGGGGCGCGGCGGCGACCCCGGCGGCGGCAGCAUGAUGUUGGCCACGGCGGCGGUGGAUGCCCACCAGAGCUCGGCGGUGGAUGCCCACCGGAGCGCAGCUUCUUUCACGGCGUCGACGAGCGCGGCAAGGGCCGGCGCCCUGCACUCACCCCAGCAGGCACCGCCUCCCCCGCCGCGGUUGCAGCAGCAGGUCUUCGCCUGGGGCCAGGCGGGAGCCCAGACGUGGGCCUGGGGCCCAGUGCCGUGGCAGCCUCGCGAAGAUCUCGAAGGCAAGCGGUGCGGCGAAGGCCACGGGCACCUCCCCGGACCCCCGGAGCGCAGCGAGGGCCGCUGCGGCGGGAGCUGCAGCCGCCCGUGCAGCGGCCCGCGGGCCUGGGAGCCCAACCCCGACGCGGCCGAGUUCGUUCCGAUCCCAGCGCCGCCCGGCCUGGCCCGCCCCGACGGCGGCGGCGCCCCGGCGCCCCCGAGGGCGCAGGGCCAGCCCCCCGGGAAGUUCUGUAUCAAGGCCAAGGCGAAGGCGGCGCCGAGCUCCGCCGCCUCCGCCCGCGCGCCGCGGCAGCCGCAGGCGGCUGCGCCGCCGCCGGCUUCCGCGGGGCCGGUGCAGGCUGCGCCGCCGCUCGGGCACUCGUUCCUCUAG